AUGCUGUGCGGCACUGCGCUGCAGACGGCGAUCCUGCUGCUCGUCAUCUGGAGGACGGACUGGGAAGCCGAGGCUGCGCUGGCGAAGGAACGGAUCAGCUCGUGGAGCGGGGAAUGCCGCCAUGUCGUCAAGCAGAAGCAGCAGCAGCAGCAGCAGCAGGGGGAAACCGGCAUCGACAGCGACCUCAAGGACAAGGAGGCCUUGGCUUUGCGAGUGUGA